AUGUCUAACUUCUUCAGAGAUAACAAGAUAGGGUUCAAACCCCGCUCAAACAUCUUCCUCAAGAUGCGGUCAAAGGAGAGCCUCAAAGAGGCCGAGGCUGAUAGUAGCGAUUCAUCUGGAGCGGACAGCCACCUUUUUCUGCGCGGCGACGGUGUUUCGAACACAUCGGUGACGACAGGAACGUCGGCGGCAGAGAAUAGCAUGGGCUCUGCAGUACACAUGCAGCCAACUGCAAUGCAGAUGAGCACGCCAAAAGCUACCAAGGUACUGCUGGCACUGGACGGUAAGGACGAGGGGCCUAAUAUGGCACCGCUCUACGCGCCAGGGAGUGAGCACGACAGCGGCGUGCACAGCCGGCGGCCUGGAGAUAAGGGAUCCGAAAGCCCGUCUGCAGUCGCAUGGCCUAGACGCAAACGUGACCUUGCAAUGGUUUCUGGUAAUGACGCUUCGUCAAACGAUGUAUUGUCGGAGGCGUUUGCGAACACACAGAGGAUUUAUUCUAAUUUAAAACAGGAGCUAGACAGGCAGCAUGCCAAAAAUGAGCAACAGCAACAGGAAAUUGAACUUUAUCGAAAUGAGAUCGAGGCUAUCCGCGGCAAGGUUAGCAACUACCGAAACCUGCUCACCGCGCUGGAGGAUGAUUCAAAACUGUUGCUUGAACAGAAAAACAACGGUGAGAAGAAAUUAGAGCAGUUACGGCUGGCGUAUGAUUCCAUGGCUGCCAAAGUUGGCAUAUUCCAAAAACAGUCUUCAGAAUUGAAAAUGACCCUUGAGGACCUUAGGUCGCUAACCUUAGCUAGGGAAUCACAGCUGAAGGGGAAAGACGCAGAGAUUGAGCACUUAAAGGAUGAAUUAAAUAAUUACACCUACCAAUUAGAUCAAGAAAAGGUGAAAAAUAGCGAGCUACUACAUGUUUUAGGUGGAAUAAAGGCUGAGCUUAAGGAGCUGGCGGUCACAGUUGUGGAACAAUGUGGGAGUGACGCAUCUGCUAACAUGAAUACCAUUCUUGGUGAGGUAAAUAGCAUGAAAUCUACGUUCGCAGAGGAAUUAAUGCGCCGCCUUGAACCCUUGGGCUCCAUUAUUGGCACCAAAUCUGCGGAGCAGAUCAAAAUAAUUAAAGAGCAAACCGAGCUGCUGUCAUCCAAAUUACAGGAAGAAAAUGAGAAGAGCACCCAACUACUUGCUGCGCGGUUAGAACCCAUGCUACAAGAGCUUUUAUCUAGAUGGAACGAAUCGGGGAAAUUGCAGAAAAGCACUUGUACAUCAAUUGAGGAAGGCCAAACCCGAUUAAUUGACACGUUAAAAGUGUCUUCGGACCUUGUCCGCGAGCAAGUUGAAGCAGUAAGGCUAAACUUUAUGGAACAGCUGAAGGGUGUCGAAAAAUACCUUGAUAAAUUUGGUUGUCAAUUGGACAAGAAUAGCCAAUAUGAGAACCAGGUAGUUGACUUGCAAAAGCAAGUCCAUAAUAUUGCAUUACAAAAGAGCGAGGUAGUAGCGCUAAUGAAAGUUAAAGACACUGAAGUUGACAGCCUCAAUGCACAAUUACUCCAAAGUGGUGAAUCAGUCAACAGCCUGAGAGAGUCGAAUUCCGCGUUAGACAAGCAGGUUAUUCAGCUAGGGUUAGAAUUAACAAGGAAGGUUGAAGAAAAUACACGCAUCUGUGAAGAGUUAACGUCAGAAAAGGCGACAUUCGAACAAAAGUUUGAAGCACAGAAAGAAGUAGUAAAACUUUUGACGCACGAAGCGGAGUCCCUCAAAUCCCGUCUGGAGCAAUGCGAGGGAGAGGCGACAGCGGCUAAAAAGGACAAACAAGAAGCUCUAGAUAAAUUUCAACAAUUGCAGGAACAUUUGCAUAAGUUGAACGUGGACGCUGUUCAGUUGAAGGCGCAUGAGUUAGAGCUGGUGGAGGAGAACCGCAAACUGAAGGUUACAGUUGACGGAAUGGAGUCCGCCAAUAAGGAAGACGAAAACGAGCUAUUUAAAUUGAAGGAGCAGGUGAAAAUUAUGGAUUUAGAAAAGCACAACUUUAUAACAGAGCGCUUGGACUACCAAGAUAAGAUAGAAUCACUAGAGAAACAAUUGACACAACUGCGGAAACAGCUACAGAAAGAAAAUGAAAUUUCCAGAGAUGUUAAGCAGGCCCCAGUGAAACCACCGCAUCCAGAACCUUUGGUGUACAGUUCAGCCGUGGUGCCCGACAGGAAUAGUCAUAAUGACGAUGAGUUCGAUCUAUCUAGUUCUCUAAACGACGAACUUGAUCUGACAAAUCCAUCUCCUAUUCAGAUCAAGACCGUGCCAGCAAAGCGGAAGAACCAGAGUACAGCGAAGGCUAUGCCUAGUAGGAAAGGGAAGGCCAGUAGCAAUAUAAAUCGAAAAAAGCUGCUUUCAGAUGAUGACGAUGAAUUAGCAUGUAAGCUGAAGAAGAAAAAGAGGUUCUAG